AGAGAUGCGCAGGAGAAGCAAGAGCUUGUUACAAAAUACAAUGUGCAUUUGACUCUUUUUUAAAUGAUCUUUUACACUUGUGAAACCACAUGAUUAAGAACUAUAAGCGAAUAAGAAACUAGACAUCUGCUUUACAGAUCACCAGACAGAAGUAAACGAACAGAAGUAAUAUUUAAUUUUCGGACUAGUCCUUCAUUGAGAAACUGUGAGGUAUUAUAUUAUUACUCCUUCAAAAACAUUUUAUGGAUGUCUUCGCUGCAAAUGUUAGGUUGUCGGAUCUUCAAACAUCUGCAGGAUGGAUCCGUAUAAAUCUCAGAAUAUGAUAUGGCAAUGUGAAUGAUGCAUCCCAUCUACGGACUAAAAACAAGGAUCUGCCACCAUACAUGGCUGGUGAAUAUUGUCUGAGCAAGCUCUCCUUACAAUGUAAAUGCAAGAAGGAUACUUUAUUUCCCCACUAGGCCACCUGUAGCUUCAGGACAGCCUAGCCCCCUCUGCUCUUUCUGCCUGGGAAACUGACCCAGUCAACGGAUAUAAUAGGAGAAUGGAGAAUUCCUCUACAAAAGACAACACCUCCCAAGAGUUCAGGACACUGGAUGAGUAUGUAACACCCACAACUGUGUGGCAGGACCCCAUUCAGGGGCUUAACCUUCCCCUUCAAGUGUUUUUAUGUUUGGUUAUAAUCUGUGUGCUGCUGCUUGCCUUUCUGGGCAACAUGGUUAUCUGUGUGAUGGUUUACCAGAGAGCCGCUAUGCGCUCUGCUAUUAACAUCUUGCUAGCCAGUUUGGCCUUUGCUGAUAUGAUGUUAGCAGUCCUCAACAUGCCCUUUGCUCUAGUCACGAUGGUGACCACACGGUGGAUCUUCGGAGAGGUGUUUUGCCGCAUUUCAGCUAUGUUCUUCUGGAUGUUUGUGUUGGAGGGUGUUGCUAUUUUGCUUAUUAUCAGUGUGGACCGCUUCCUGAUCAUUGUGCAAAAGCAGGAUAAACUAAGUCCACGCAGAGCCAAAGUGUUGAUCGCAGUAUCAUGGUCUACAUCUUUCUGCCUUUCCUUCCCUCUUGCUAUUGGACAACCUGCCCUAUACAUCCCCCCCAGAGCACCACAGUGUGUUUUUGGAUACACAGUUGAGCGUGGUUACCAUGCCUAUGUAGUACUAAUUAUGAUGGUAUUCUUCUUUGUACCAUUUUUAGUCAUGCUGUACACAUUUAUGGGGAUUUUAAAUAGGCUACGCAACAACGCAUUGCGCAUUCACUCCCAUCCUGACUCUAUCUGUCUCAGCCAGGCCAGCAAGCUGGGUCUGAUGAGUCUUCAAAGGCCUUUUCAGAUGAACGUUGACAUGAGCUUCAAAACACGUGCCUUCACCACAAUCCUUAUUCUUUUCUCUGUCUUCACUGCAUGCGGGGCUCCAUUUGCCACCUAUAGUCUGUUAUCCACCUUCAGUCAUACCUUUUACUACAGGCAGAACUUCUUUGAAAUAAGCACAUGGUUACUGUGGACGUGCUACCUCAAAUCAGCUCUGAAUCCUUUGAUCUACUACUGGCGAAUCAAGAAGUUUCGUGAUGCUUGCCUUGAUCUAAUGCCCAAGUACUUCAAGUUCUUUCCUCAACUGCCUGGCCACACUAAGAGACGUAUCCGUCCCAGUGCCGUUUAUGUGUGCGGGGAGCAUCGCUCUGUGAUAUAGUGAAGAACUUUUCAUUUUUAUUUUUUUAUCUUGUUGUGUACAUUUUAUAAGACAAUCUUGACAAGCUGUGAUAUGUUUGCUCUUAAAACUGCAGGAACUUUUAAUUGUAAGAGACUUUACUGAAGAGAGUUUACAUUAAACUAAUACUGAAAUUGCACAAUGUUUUUAUCUUCUAACUUAUUACUGAUUACAUUUUCAGUAUAAGCGCUGCUAUAUUUGGUGAAAAUGCUAUUUUUUCCUUUAGGUUAAAUGUCAUCAAUGUAUGAUCUGCUUUUUAACACACUAGUUUAACUAUUUUAUUGUCUGUAAUAGUGUGAAAAUAAAAAAAAGCUAAUGAAAGUGCCAA